AUGGACACAAAUGAUUCAUCACUCAGCUCAACAUCCAUCCUGACCCAGCUGCCUCUCAAUACCACAGCAUUGAUAAACAGCACGGUAAAAUCCUUCAGUGCGAUUGAUGGGUGCGACAACUUGAUAGAGGCCGUUCUCUUUGACCUGGCCGUUCAGUGCAUCAACAUAAUUGUGGGUAUCCCGGCCAACUUACUCGUCAUUGCUAUUCUCAUCCACAAUCGCAAAGAGCCCUCCACUUCAGACAUAUUCUUGGGCUGCUUGGCCUUCAUGGAUGCCUACUUUGGUGCAAUGACCCCCCUGAGCUUCCUUAAUCUCUACCUCUGGCAGCUCAAAGAGGUGUUGUCUGCCAUUAAGUUCUCCUAUGGCGUGAAAGACACCAGCGGCCCGUUGUUCCUCUCCUGCAUCUGCUUGGAUCGCUUUGUAGCUGUACUCUUUCCAAUCGCAUUUGGGCAACUUAAACACUUCAAGUACAGGUUAGGCCUCUCAGUGCUGGUGCUCUGUCUCACCUUUGCCUACUCAGCAGCCAAGAUGGUGGGAGGGCUCCCCAACUUUGAAAAGUUGUUCACCGGUGAGGUACUGGCAACAUUUACUUGGAUGGUGGUGUGUAACGCAAGCAUCCUGUGGGCACUGAAGAAGUCCACCGGAGCAGGGAAGGAUGCAAUGCACCCCAUGAAAAAGAAGGCCUUCAAGAUGGUGCUCUCUAUCCUGUGUAUCAUCGUGUUCAACUACCUGCCACUUGUUGCUCUGUUUCCAUUUGAGGACUACUACUCCCCUCAUGUGUUUCGCUGCUACGUUCAGCCCGCGGGUUUUGCCUUUCUGAACAUCAGCAGCACAAUCCAGCCCCUUGUCUACUUGUCUCGUCUAGAGAAGGUGCCUUUCCUCUCUGACGCCUGCAUUAAAAAGAUUACUUCCUGUUUCAACCCAGAGAAGAACCAGAAUCCACAGGAGCAAAACCCACCUGCUUAG